UCAAGUGAACACCUCACUAAAUCUCUUAAAACUGGGCAUAAUGAACCUUAAAGGAUUUCGGAUAACCAUGCCUAUUAAUUUCUAAUAAUCUGAUAAUACUUAUUGGUAUUUUACAACAUGGCGUACUCUACGAGCUGUUUGUGUAUUUCUAUCGAAGUGCUGUGCCUUUUUGGAGUCAUAAUUCUACAUGUUGUUUUGUACGAGCUUACAGUUCUUCGUAAAGGAGGCAUCCAGCCGUUCAAACGAGGAUUCUUCUGCAAUGAUCAAAGUAUUAUGAAACCCUUUAGAGAAGAAAGCACUUCUUUAGCAGGGACGUUUUCUGCUGGAGUCGUAGUAGCUCUAGUAGUGAUUGUUAUUCAUGAAGUUGGAAAUCACUUUACGAAACCCAAACUCACGCGCGAACCAAUAUUCAAGGAAAAGAAAGAAUUCGGAAGAGCAAAGAUUCCUACGUUUAUCAUCAGGAUGUUGCAUCGUAUGGCUUUCUUUAUCACAGGCAUGGCAGCGGUCUUGGUAUUCUGUGAUGUUUUACAACUCCUUACUGGUCGAUUGAGACCUCAUUUUCUUGCCGUGUGCAAACCCAAUGCAACCCUGUUCAACUGCAGUACUGGAUAUAUUACAGCUGAUGUCUGUACGGGUGACCCUCUGAAAAUCAAGAACGCAAGGCUUUCAUUCCCUUCCAUUCACACCGUUUCAACAGCCUACAGUCUGGUCUUCAUUGCUAUCUGCCUCCAAGCAAUUGUCUAUCUCAGAAAAUUCAAAAUGUUUAGAUUCUUAAUGCAAGUGAAGCUGUUUCUUCUCUCCAUCGCAGUCGGUCUGUUACGGAUUAAAGACUACUAUCAUCAUUGGAGUGACGUGGUGGCUGGUGCUCUGAUUGGAGCGUUCACUGCCUGGCUUGUGGCAGUCAAAGCGAUGAAGCUGUUUGAAGAACCAAAGGCCCAAACUCCAACUUAUACAUUGUUACCAGAUGAAGACGUAAAUAAACCGACAGAGAAAAGCAAAGAAGAACUCRAUAAAUAAUAAAUAUUAGAGGUUUAUAAUAAUAGAUAUCAUGCAGUAUUAGCAUUAGCAGCUGGGCACUAGUUUAAUUUGGAGAGUCUACUCUCGCUAAAUAAGGUCAUAUUAUUUUUACUAGUUCUAAAACUUUUUAACUUUGAGUGAUUUUCAUAACUAGUGAAACAAAGUUUAGCUAUUAACUUCUAUUAACGCAUAAUAAUGUGUAAUAGCAGUUAUURGCGAGACAAUUAAAGUAGAGUGCAAACAAUUAAUCCGUUAAACAUUAAUUACUAAAUAGUACAAAAUAGUACUAGUUAAACAAUAGAAAACAAUGGAAUUUGCAUGAAAUUGUGCUAUUUAGUAUUACUAAAGUAUCACGGUUAUAUUGUUUGCACUCUAUUCGGUGAAAGUUUAUUWACUGUAUUUUAUUACUUUAUUGUUUGAAGUCUAAUGACCAAUAACUUGUACUAGCUUGUAUUAGAGUGAUUUUCAUAUGACCGUGAAAGAAAAUAGACCAUUUAGUUUGUAAUAGUUGAUAAAGAACAAAAGAAAAUCAUUGGUUUAGAGUCUACUACUAACUAUUAGUUUGCCUAUUCUUUCACGGUCAUAUGAAAAUCACUCUAAGAAAGAGUUCUAUUGACGACUCUAAAAACUCCAGUGUAUGCGGGCGUAGCCUCACUACUGAGGUCGGUAAACAAAAGCAGAAAUCAGAAUAACAAAACAAGCAACUCCUGGAUUCGAGGCAAAGCCUGCAUAUACGCUAGAGUUUUAAGAGUCGUCAAUAUGAAUCAAACCGGAGAUCCCAAAGCCGUGAGUAUGGCAAGUGCACUGUCCAUAGUGGCUACGUCACCCACCUUGGUCCCUAUCGCACAACAGACAGUUGUAGAGAUGCUAAAGAAAUCUGGAUCUUC